AUGACAACAACCUCAUCACUCGAACCAACUUUAUACACCUUGUUACCCCCUUCAUUUCACUCUUCAUUUUCAUCCCAUCUCUCUCUCCAAUCCAUCCAUGCCGAAUCAUUCCAUAUAGUGGAUAGGAUAUAUACCACUUCCAAUCCUGUUAUCCAAGGUCAACUCCGUAAUCUCCGAUUCCGAUCAAGACUCCUCCAUGUCUCCUCAAAUUGUUCUCAAUUAGAUUUCAAGCGGACGGGAAAAGGGAAAGGGAAAGGGAAGGAAGAAGAGCAAGUAUCAAUAGGAAAAGAAGGAGGGAAAGGGUUUUGGAUACAUAAUUUGUCAUACGUUUCAGCACCUCUAAGAGGUCAAGAAUAUUCUCAAACUUCUACUAGAGCAGUCAUUGGUAUUGAUAUUCUAAGUAUGGAAGACGAAGAUGAUAUUGAAGAUUUUAUCAAUAGUUUAGGUUUCGAUCAUUCACACAGUUACUCAAUGACCGGAACGUUAUUUCACAUACCUUUACCCCUUCCCACUUCCAAUCCAAUAACGAUUCAAAUAUCCAUAACCCACUUAACACGGAUACCGAAAACAACCUCAUCUUCAACUACCCUUACGUCCGAGAUCACAUCUCCGAGAUCAAAAGAACCAUGGUUAGUCCAAAUAUACCCCUCAAGACCUGUAAACGCAGUUCCACAACCUGGUGAUGUAAGUUACGCUCAAUUGGUAGAGAUCAUGAAUGAUCUCAUAAGUAGGAUAGGUGUACAAGGUCUGGAAUGGUCUACCGCUGGACGGUGA